CUUUUGGAUUAGCUGGAGAGGCUAGAGCUAUCUAGUUUCAGUCCCAGGUCCGACAAGAAAACCCACUCGAAUUAGUGACGUUUUCUGCCAAAUGUGAAGAUGUGAUUUCGGCCCAUUUGAAGCUGUUUUUUAUGCUAAGAUGUCCGUUUUUGCUUCGAUUGGACUGGACUGAGGCGUAGCUUGCUACAGAUACUAACAGCUGGAUGGUGGUACUUUAUGCUAAGCUAGCGACUGUCUAUUGCGGUCUGCCUAGGGAGUUAGCUAAACUAUCGUAGCAUAACAUUUAGCUAUCUCAAUGUUUUUGAGGGAUGCACACCAUCUUAAUCACUGGGGUAUUAAGAUGUUAUUCACACCAACCUCUGGUUGAUUCUUCGUCGGGGGUUCGUUAUAAUGCGACGUUUUGGCUUGAACUGGGGAGCAUUUUGGAAUUGGAAUAGCGGUAACUUCACUGUGGAAUGCUAAUGUUGCCGAAUACGCUUUAAAUAAGAAUGGAGCGGAGUUUGGGGGCAUCAGCUGUUGGACUUCUGCCCUCCCCCCUAGGAAGCCAUGACGCAGGGGACCGAACUCUGAGGGGUGAUGACAUCAUGGCGGAAUUGGCCAGGGGCCUCCACCCCCGAGAGAGACCUGACUGGGAGGAGACCAUCAGUGCCAUGGCGAGGAGUGCUGAGGUUCCUGAUCUUCGCGCCAGCAGCACUACCAGCUCUACCAGCACCACCAGCACUACAGCUGGCAUGAAGGUCAAGACCGCCAAGAAGUUGUCCUUCAGUAAGGGACAUUUUCCAAAGCUUGCAGAAUGUGCGCAUUUCCACUAUGAGAAUGUGGAUUUUGGAACCCUACAGCUUUCCCUUGCUGAUGAGCAUAGUGAAGUCACACGGAAUGGCCUGGAGUCCAAGGAGUGUGUGUACCUGGUACAGAUACACUGCCAGGGCCGAAAUUGGAUAGUUCGCAGGAGCUAUGAAGACUUCUGCAUUCUGGAUAAGCAUCUUCAUUUGUGCAUCUAUGACAGAGGCUACUCACAACUAGCAGAGCUGCCCAGCGACCAGCCGGAGGGAGUUUCCCAGAUGCUGAUUGGCUAUCUCACCCGUCUGUCGGCCAUUGCCGACAACAAGAUCAACUGUGGGCCCGCCCUCACCUGGAUGGAAUUGGAUAAUAAGGGCAACCACCUGCUGGUCCAUGAGGAAUCCUCCAUCAACGUCCCUGCCAUCGCAGCUGCACACGUCAUCAAGCGCUACAACGCACAGGCUCCUGACGAGCUCUCCUUUGAGGUGGGGGAUAUUGUGUCUGUGAUCGACAUGCCACCAAAAGAGGACACCACCUGGUGGAGAGGAAAGCAUGGAUUCCAGGUGGGCUUCUUUCCCAGUGAGUGUGUCGAGCUCAUCAAUGACAAAAUCCCUCAAUCAGUUACCAACUGUGUUCCAAAGCCAGCAUCCCCUGGUGUUCGGCCGGCUUCCUGGUACCUCUUCCCACCCUAUUUGGAGAUGGAGACAGUCAUACAGCAGGACACAAACAUGAACUCAGUGUCUAAGAAGCACGGGAAGCUGAUCACGUUCCUGCGCAGCUUCAUGAAGUCUCGUCCCAGCAAGCAGAAGCUGAAGCAGAGGGGCAUCCUGAAGGAGAGGGUGUUCGCCUGUGACCUGGGGGAGCACCUGCUCAACUCAGGACAGGAUGUUCCUCAGGUGCUUCGAAGUUGUGCAGAGUUCAUCGAGAAACAUGGCAUUGUGGAUGGGAUCUACAGGCUAUCUGGAAUUGCAUCAAAUAUCCAGAAGUUACGGCAUGAAUUUGACUCCGAGCUGAUCCCAGACCUGACCAAAGAGAUUUACAUCCAGGACAUCCACUGUGUGGGGUCCCUCUGUAAGCUCUACUUCAGAGAACUGCCCAACCCGCUGCUCACAUACCAGCUCUACGACAAGUUCUCCGAGGCUGUUUCCGCAGCAACAGAUGAUGAACGUCUCGUCAAAAUUCAUGACGUCAUCCAACAGUUACCACCCCCACACUAUAGAACGUUGGAGUUCUUGAUGAAGCAUCUGUCCAGGUUGGCUGCCUUCAGCUCCAUCACCAACAUGCAUGCCAAGAACUUGGCCAUCGUCUGGGCCCCCAACCUGCUCAGGUCUCGUCAGAUAGAGUCGGCAUGUUUCGGGGGUCCUGCUGCCUUCAUGGAGGUGAGGAUCCAGUCUGUGGUGGUGGAGUUCAUCCUCAGCCACGUGGACAUGCUCUUCGGACCCAAACUCACAGGCCAGAGUGGUGCGGCGCGGCCCAAGUCUGUGCUGGGCGGCGGCUGGUGUGCGUCGGCGCGGCUGCUGUCUCUGGAGGAGGCCCAGGCCCGCACGCAGGCCCAGAUCUGCAGCCCCAUCACCCCCCACAGCCGCUACAUCGAGGUGGGGGAAGGGCCCGCCGCGCUGCUCGGCAAGUUCCACACCGUCAUCGACUUCCCCACCGACAGGAAGCGGCAGCCCAUCAAAUCCAGGAAGUCUCCGGUGGGUAGCUGGCGUUCGUUCUUCAGCCUGGGCAAGUCCUCUUCGUCCUCCUCCUCCUCUUCAUCAUCCACCAUCAACAAGAGGAAGCUGAGACGCAACCCCAGCGAGCCCACGGAGCUCAAGUCUAUGGCCCUCACAGGAGGCCGAGGGGAGACUGGAACUCUGCGAUCAGCCAAAAGUGAAGAGUCUCUCACGUCUCUACACAACGUAGAAGGCGAGAGUAAGCUGUACCGGCCCCGUCGCCCCCGCUCCAGCAGUGAUGCCCUGUCCUCGUCCUUUGGCGCCGACCUGCUGGCCGGUCCGCAGCACUGCGCCUCCUACGACAACCUGUGCAACGCCGGACAGCCCGGCCACCAGCACCACGACCACGAGCGCCACGACGACAGUGACCAGGACGACCGGCCCAUCUUCUGCGUGCCCGCCCUCAUCUCCUCGCCUCCCGUCGCCGCGGAGACGGACCUGGAGCUGAUGCCGCCAGAGGUCGGCAUGGCGACGCUGGACUUUGACCCCAUGUCGUUUGGGCUGGGCUCCCCGUUGCUGAGCGACCGGGAGACGGCGCUCCUCUCCUCGGCAGCGGAGGACAGGAUGGAGGACGCGCAGUUCAGCGCCGUCCAGCAGAGUCCGAGCAGGAGCUACAGCGCAGCAGAGAGCACCUUUGUCACAGCCCCGCCCCCCUCAGUGGACACCCCGCCCCUGUCCCCCCCUCCCCACGUCAGAUCGCUGGAGUCGGUCCGAAACGAGUCGGUCAGCACUGACCUGGGGUCAGUCCGAAACGAGCCAAUCAGCACCAAGGUGGAGUCGGUCCGAAACGAGGCCCUGCUACUGGACCUGACGGGUUCACCGUUGCACACUGUCACCAUGGAGACCCACUUCAUACAACGUCCAGCUGACCUCGACUUUAUCACAGAGCCACAGCUCCAGAGCCCCGUAGUUCUCUCCUCUGCUCUGAGCUGCGCCCCUGCGUCCCGUAAGCUGGCGUUUGCGCUGGAGGAGCUGGAGAGCCCCCUGGCGGCGGCCGAGACGUCCCGCAGCUGUGACACCCCCUCCCCCCUGUCCCCGCUCCGCGCCGACGACCUGCUCAGCUCGCUGGACUGGCCCGUGCCCCCCUCCCUCGCCUCAGAGACCGGCAUCGCCGUGGCAACCUCCACCCCUGUCCCCGCCUCUCUGCGGAGGAUUCCCAGCUCCGACCCCCCCGAGCAGACUGACCCUCAGACUGACCCCUUCGACGUGGCGAGGCACGAUUGGUACGCUCUGCCGGACCAGGCUGCCUUGCCUCAGCAAAGCGCCACCGCAGCCUCUGACAUCACUUCCUCCGCUCAAGCCACACCUGUCCGCCAUCAAACCACUCUGCCGCCUUCUGCCAAUCAAAUGCCAUCUGCUUUCAGUGAAGCACCGCCCACUCUCAAUCAAACCUCUCCUGUCAUGACCACGUUCAGUGACAUCACUCCCACUCAAGCCACACCCACUCACAUGAAGGCCACGCCCACUUCAUCCGUUCCCGCCUCUCCUCUGUCCAGCCCAGAGCACCAAUCAGCAGUGGCGGCAAUUGGCCCCACCCAGAUCUCCACUGUCCCUGCCUCUGUCUUGGAAGACCACACCCCAUUCCCUUCUGACUCCUCCUCUGCCUCAGCUGGCCCCUCCUCCUCUGAUGUUGCCCCCACACAAGGCACAACUGCCCCACCAUGCUCCGCUGUUACCCCAGGCAUAAUAACAGCCCCACCGUGCUCCGCUGUUACCCCAGGGGUUUCUACCCCAUCCACCUCAGCUGUUGCCCAGGGCGUAACUGCCUCCUCCGCCUCUGCCUUUGCCCAGGGCAUAAUUGCCCCACCCACCCCAGCUGUUGCCCAGGGUGUAGUUGCCCCACCUGCCUCCGCUGUGGCCCAGGGGGUAAUUGCACCACACACCUUUGCUGUUGCCCGGGGCGUUCCUGCCCCAACCGUGUCCGCUGCCCCCUGCUCCAGCAGUAGAGAGCGGGGCUGUGCAUCUCCUCCAGGCCCUGAGCCUCAGGUGGCGGUGUCGGUGCCGUGUCUACCUCACGCGCCCCCCUGGGCGUCGGAGCACCCGGUGGCCGUGCUGCAGCCCCAGCCGCAGACGCCCCAGCCCCAGCCCCGCCCCCCGCUGGGCCCCACGCCACCGGACAAGCCCUGGGAGGCCAUCAAGCCCGUGCAGCCGCGGCUCGAGAGCGCCCCCUACCACCACCACCCGCCACUACAGCAGCACCAGCAGCAGCACCAGCAGCAUCAGCAUCAUCAGUCCGCGUGCGCUGGACCGGCCCCCCCGCCUCCCGUGCGCUCCAUCGAGAGCAAGCUGGCCACGGCGACGCUGGGCCGCGACGGCUCGGCCGCCUACCACCACGCCUUCCUGGAGGACGAGGGCCCGGCGGGCGGCAUGGCGGCGACGAUGAGCCACACGCUGCCCCGUAAGUCGGCGUACGUGUACCACGCGCAGGGUCCCGGCCCCGGGGCCGUCGCCGACGCCUACUACCCUCCGGCGCGGGCGCUCCCCGUGGCGUACGCGUACCGCGCCGAGCCGCUGGCCGUGAGCUACGCCGCCGACGUGUCCCGCUACGCCACCAUCGGCCCGCGCUCCUACCACCACUCCCUCAAGACCCACCGGCCAACCAGAGCCGAGUACCUGCCCUCGCCCGGCCCCGGGCCCGCCCACCACCACCACCACCACCACCAUCACCCCCGUAGCCACGGUUACAGCCACGUGGGCGCCACCUACCCCAGCAUCCGACGCGUGCACUCGCUGCACAUCCCCUCCUCUUCCGCCGCCGCCGUCGUCCGAGGCCCGCCCAUCUCCAGAACCGAGGUUCCGCCGCCGCUGCCGACGUCGCCGGACGACGAGAUGUUCUACUACCAGCGCUCGGCGGCAGCAUCGCACCGUUGCCGUGGCUACGCGCCGCCAGCAGCAUCAGCACCAGCGCCGGCUCCAGCGGCGGCGGAGGCGCAGGACUACCACGUCACGCGGCUGCAGCCGUUCUUCGAGAACGGGCGCGUGCAGUACCGCUACAGCCCGUACACGGACCAGCCGGACGCAACACCGCCGCCGUCCUCCUACUACGAGCUGGACCCGUACGCCACGCUGCGGCUGCGCCACUUCCACUCGUUCGGCGGGCGCGAGCGCGAGCGCGAGGCGGUCAAGUCGGGCGCCUACCACUACCUGCUGCACCAGCGCCACUCCCCGCAGCCCCCUCCGCAUCACACCGCUGGCAUUGGUGUCCGGGAGCACGGCUUCGUGAGCCGCGACAUGCCCCCCGCCGCGCACCUGCACACGUUGCCCCAGGGACAGGGCGGGGCCUGCCUGUCGUCGUCGUGGGAGACGCAGGAAGAGGCGGAGCGUCUGCUGCGCGGCCACUCCCACUCGCUCCGGCGAGAGAGCCGCGCGCGCCAGCGCCUCAAGGGCCCGGUGCUCUCGCAGUACGACAACCUGGGGCCCUACAUGCCCUCCCCGGAACCCCACCUCGCCUCCGCCGCAGCCGGCCCGCACUCCCCGCCGGAGUCGCUGCAGCACCUGCGCAGCAAGUCGGACCCGGGCAAGGAGGCGCGCUACAACGUGACGCCCGAGGCGGCGGGAGCCGCCAUCCCGCGCUCGCACACCGCCGACCCCGACGCCUUCCUGUACAUGGAGACGGAGAAGCACGCCUCGCACACGCACCCCCGCACGCUCGGACCGCGCUCCUACACGCCCUCGUCCUCCUCGUCUUCCUCGGCCCAGACGCACAGCCUGCCGCAGCACGUUCCGGAAGCUUCUUCUCGGCCGGGCGAUGUGGCGGCGGGUGCUGGGCACCGGGGCGCGCGGAGCCCCGAGGACGAGUCGCUCCAGAGGCCGAGCGCCGCCGUGACGCCCAAACCCGAGCGCAGCCACAGCCGAGGGCCCUGGGGCCCGGAGCGUCACACCCCCUCCAGCGCCCCGUCCCACUACGACAACCUGGAGGAGUAUCGGCCCUCGCCACCGCCACCGGUCCAGACCCGGCCCGCACCCAAGGACCCGUUGACCAGCCGGGGGGGCGCGGCACUGUUCCCCGGGCAGGCGUUCGGGCACGGGCACGGAGGCAGAGCCUACUCCACGGCGCUGGGCCAGGGGGCCUUCAUCCAGACCGACGCCCCCCUGCACAGGCCCGAGGCCGAGGUCAAGGCAGAGUAACGCUAACGCUAGCACUGCUGACCGCUAGCACCAGCUGAUUGCCAGCUCUGCCUGUAUUAACGUGAGGCUAGAGCUCGGUAUUAACACACACUCACACAUACAGAGAUACAUACACACACACACACACACACACACACACACACACACACACAUUUACAUACGUAUACACACAUACACCUAUACAUACACAAAUACACAACUCUCUCCCAGCAGUUUAUGUCACUACAUUUGCUACAUCAGUGCUAGAUCUGAAUGUAGUCACAAUAUAUCAAUGGAGCUCCUCAGGGUUCCACAGGAACCCGCACAGCACAGGAACCCACACCUGUGUGCUACUGGAAACCUGACUUAAUCAGCGUCAGGGACCAGACGAUCUGUGUAGAACUGGAAUCCUGACUUAUCAGCGUCAGUUCCAUAUGACUUGUGUAGAACUGGAAUCCUAGCAUCACCGUCAGGUACCAGAUGACCUGAGCAGAACUGGAAACCUGUGGUACUGUAAAGUUAUCAAUGGUCGAGUAGGAUGGACAAGGGACUUUUCUAGUCCGAGAACUGCCAUGUUUGUCUUAAGAGUUUGAAUGGUUUGCUUUGAACAAACAAAUCUGUGAAAGGGCAAAGGUGAAAGGUCACGCAGCCCCUGCCGGACAGUGGACUGUCUUCUCCUGAGGGUUUUUGAUGGGAGUUUUCUAUCCAGCUGUACACAUAUGAACCCUUAAUGAACUUUCUACCGAACUGAAUGUACCAUAGCAUACAUUACCCAGCUGACCACACCCGCCAUGCACCAGAGGCCCCACUAGGUGGCGCUGAACGGGACCUGCAGUGUGUGGUAUGCCAGCUGCGGACUCUGGAACGCACUCUGACACGGUACGCCAGGAAGAAGCAUCGAGCAGUUCCUUGCGUAGGAAUCCAGAGUCAAAUCUACUAUUGAGUUUUUUUGGGGGGGGGUUUUGGUUCUUUCUUUUUCUUUUGUUUAGUUUUGAAUAUAGUGUUAGGUGGGGCAUUGAAAUGGUGAUUGAUCAGUUUGCAUUUUAGAAAUGCAUGCUCUCUUGUUUACAGAAUCUCUGUGUGUAUGUGUGUGUGUAUGUGUGUGCGUGCGUGUGUGUUGGCCUGCUCUUUGUGUUUGUACUGGAUGUUACAGUGCGCACUGUGCAGAAAGGAGAAGCUCUGCCCCCCUGGUGAAGAUGGGGGGGGGGGGGGUCCACACACACACCUCAAACACUGGACACUGGGACUAAGGGUUUUGGGGAGGGGGGAGGGUAUUUGUUCAUUAUCUCAACGGUCAUUUUUUUUUGUGUUUAUUUGAUUUCUUUUUAAGAGCCUCUCAAUUCUCAGAUGC